AUGACCGAGCCAUUGAGGGAUCAUAUCCCCGACGAAAGCCCGUCAAUCCGAUUCCGUCUCAUUCAACUGGACACUCUCAGUAUUUCUCCUUCGGAUUCUUCCCUUUGCUUGAAAACGUCGCCCUUCCUUCCUCGCGACCAACAGUUUUACAAAGUUCCAGUUGUCAGAUUGUUCGGCGCGACUCAGGCCGGCCAACGCGUCGUAGCCCACGUCCACGGGGCUAUGCCCUACUUCUACGUGCAAUUUGAGGCUGGGAUUAACCCGGAUACCGUGCAUAGCUACAUUCGCAGAUUGGGCGCUGCCCUCAAUUACGCAACUGCUGCUUCACUGGGAAAAAUUAAAAUGAGUAAUCCAGCCGAUCGAGGAAAACACCAAUACGUAGCUUUUAUUGCUCUGUGCAAGGGCAUCCCAUUCUAUGGAUUCCAUGUGGGCUAUCGUUAUUUUUUAAAAAUAUAUUGCUUGCAGCCCAAGUUCAAGAAGCGGAUGGCCGAAUUACUCCGAACAGGCAAGGUCAUGAAUCCCUUUGCUUAUUCCCAAGGCGCUGGAGCUCAAGCUUCUAGUCGACCUGGGGGAUUCAAAGUUUUCGAGGAACAUAUCCCAUUUCACUUACAGUUCAUGCUUGACCACAACCUAUACGGAUGUGGCUGGGUAGAACUAUCCAAUUGUGUUUUCCGAAGACCAUUGCCUGAUACGUAUAACACUGGCGAAACAUCUAACGGACCAAUUUAUUUGGCGAGUAACGUGCCAGCAUCUCAGAUGGCGCCCAUGGAUUUGAUAAAGUCUUCCUACUGUCCCAUCGAAUUGGACUGCACAGUAGCUGACAUCAUGAACCGCCACUGGGUCAAGGAACGCCAGUUGCAUCAAGACUUUGUAGAGUUUUUGAAACACCCCAUUCCAGACGAUGAAAAGUUGGUUCAAAGUGUCAAAGAAUUGUGGGAAGACGAGCGCAAACGACGCCAAAAACGCGGUCAGACAGGGCCAGAGGAAGUGCGCGAAACAGGUCCCGCUACCCAACGCGACUAUCCGAGAGGUGAACAGCCUCAAUGGUUUAUGGAACCCAGUUUUCGGUCACAGAUCGAAGAAUUGAUUCGCAACAAGCAUCAGAAUCCAGCCGAGCAAGAUACACUGGACCUCGAGACGGCUUUCAAACAGUUUGUCAAGCCCGAGUCAAAACUUUCGCAGUUGAUACCCACCACGUUCCAAGCCGUCGAUGCUAUUCAUAUCAGCAAGUGGAUCAAGGACGAGCAAGAGGAGAAUCCAUAUGGUAUCUGGGCCAUCCAUGGAAUUGGAACUGGUUCGGCUACCAAACCUGACAAUAAGCAAAAAUCGAAAGAUUCGGCCGAUGGGCUUUUCAACGAAGAAGCACAGCUGCAUCUUGGGAUCGAUGUCGCAGCUAUCCAGUCACAAAUGGAAAGCUACAAGGACGAAGGCCCGGACGACGAAAACGAUCUUGUUCAUAAUCCGGCACUUGAUCCAAUCGAAGAGGAAGACUUUGAUGAAUUGAAUUGGGACGAAAUCGAUAACCCCGAUGUAUUGGGCCAGGCUGAACCCAACGCUGGCGGAUCAAAGCGCGCAACUCCUACGAAAUCAAAAAAUUCCCGUUCUCCCGCAGUUUCUCCGUCCAAAAGGUUGCAAAGUCCUGCGAAGGGCCUCCAAUCUCCGAGAAAACUCAAUCUCGAUAAGCGGCUCCUUCAACCGGGCAGAAUACCAGCGGAUUCUUACGAGCUAGACGCAGAUAAUUCUAUGAAGCGGGAACGACAGGAGCAGGACGACGGCUUUUUUCAGCCUAAAGCCGGUAAAAUGAUGCGUUUUGUUGAGCGUCUUCAGCAAGACGAUAGUAUACCGAAAAUGAGCAUCUCGAAUGAGCACCACUCAGGCCCACCGUCCCGCCCAAUCGCCAGUACAAGUCUGCAGGUCGAGCGCACGGAUUCGGUUGCUCCCUCUGUACCAAUUCCUAACUCACGAGAUGUGAGCAACAAUGGCCAUCAGCAAGUCGGAUCAAGCUCAUCACGAGAAUCGCACGAGCUGUCCCUCAAUCGGUCAAACACACCGAAAUUUGAAGCAGAUCAGCCAGCAGAAGGCGACUUGGCCCCCGACUUGGAUUCCCUUUUCGCGAGCCAAUCAACCAUUACGAAUGAAAGAGCAAAGAUGAGACUCGACAUGGCUAUACUAACUCAAACCCAGCAUCCCAAAAAGAGCUGUACCGAAACUCAAUGGUAUCGAUACCAUGCGUCUCCCCCGUCAACAGUUGAGCUUGUAAACUCACUGAGUGACUUUGACUUACCGAUGAAAAUAUACAAAGAUCCAUUUUAUUCAGAUCCUAAUGAUGUGCCCACUCGGAAAAGAGAAUAUGCUGGGAGACAGUAUACCAUCUUGGGUAGCUCAUUGAGAUUCAUCAAGGAAUUCGAGCACGCGAUCAAAAGCUUUGGGGCGCCCGGACUCCUCUCGCAAAAGUCAAUCCCUCAUAUCCCCAGAUGGGAAUUCGCUACCCCUCCGCCAAAACUAUCUGCUUUGAAAAUGGCACCGAUAAGUAAAACUCUCAAAUGUCCAAAAGAUUUCCUGCUCGUUUCCCAGAUCGAAGGUCCAACUCAGCAUAACGGCGGCUUCAAGUUCACUCAAGUCAAAUCGAAAUCAACAGCGCACGAAUCACAACACAUGGACGUUCUUGCAAUUGAAGUAUAUGCCGACAGUAAGAACGAAAGACGGCCUGAUCCAGCUACAGACCAGAUUAGGGUAUUAUUCUAUUGUUUGAAAACGGAACGAGCCGAUAUCGAACUCAAUCGACCCGAUUCUAUUUCUCGCGUCGGUAUCAUCAUGGUGGAUGAGCAUCAAGAAAAUGCCCAGGAAUCUUUGCCACAACUUAGAUUACCCAAAUACGCUUUAGAUCAAUGUUGUGUUGAGGUAGUCCACACUGAAGUUGACUUACUGAAUUCACUCAUAGAUAAAGUCAGGAACUGGGAUCCAGAAGUCUUAACUGGAUAUGAAUUGGAAAGUUGGUCAUGGGGCUAUGUGAUGAGACGGGGUUGCGAGCUAGACUUUGACUUGGUUUAUGAGUUUGGUCGAGUCCGAUCCGAAUCUCACGGCCGAUUUGCUGGCAAAGACGAUAAAUGGGGAUAUACCCAUGGCUCGUCGAUUAAGAUAACUGGUCGCCAUGUCCUUUCAAUAUGGCGUAUUAUUCGAAGUGAACUAGCUUUAACCCAAUAUACAUUCGAGAAUGUAGUUUAUCAUGUUUUACGCACUCGAAUUCCGCAUUAUUCAUUUUCCACUCUAGCCAAGUGGUGGAAGGAGGGAACUGUAGAGCAACGAAGAAGGGUCUUAAUGUACUACAUUGCCCGGGUAGAGCUCGACAUAACUUUGGUUGAAGAAACCGAGAUCAUUUCGCGCAAUGCGGAAAUUUCUCGAACGUUGGGUGUCGAUUUUUUCUCCGCCAUCUCUCGAGGAUCACAAUUCAAAGUUGAAUCUGUCUUGUUUCGGAUUUCCAAGCCGGAAAACUAUUUGUUGCCUUCACCUAGUCGAGACGAAGUUGGAAAGCAGAAUGCUGCCGAAUGUAUCCCUCUUGUUAUGGAGCCACAAUCGGCUUUUUACAAAAGUCCCCUUUUGGUUUUGGACUUUCAGUCUCUCUACCCCUCGAUCAUGAUUGCUUACAAUUACUGCUACUCAACUUGCCUUGGCCGAGUGAGCCCUUUCAAAGGCGUUAAUAAGCUGGGAACUUCGACCCUAGACUUGCCUGAUGGUCUGCUCAGAUUGCUGAAAGACGAUAUUAUUGUUUCUCCCAACGGACUCAUGUUUGUAAAACAUCAUGUCCGCAAGAGCUUAUUGAGCAAGAUGUUGAGCGAAUUCCUAGACACGAGGGUUAUGAUCAAGCAAAGUAUGAAAUUCACCAAAGAUGACAAGGCACUGUCAAAAAUGCUUAACGCGAGGCAACUGGGUCUCAAAUUCAUCGCAAACGUGACAUAUGGUUAUACCAGCGCUUCUUUCUCUGGCAGAAUGCCCUGUGUUGAGAUUGCAGAUGCUAUCGUUCAGACUGGAAGGGAAACGUUAGAAAAGUCGAUGGAAUUCAUCCACAGCGUCGAGGAAUGGGGGGCGAAAGUAGUAUACGGCGAUACGGACAGUUUGUUUGUGUACCUACCAGGGAAAACCAAGGAAGAGGCGUUUAGGAUCGGAAAUGAGAUGGCAGACGCUGUCACCAAGAGAAAUCCCGCACCAGUUAAACUAAAAUUUGAGAAAGUUUACUUGCCAUGUGUCUUGAUGGCAAAAAAACGCUAUGUCGGGGCGAAGUACGAGAAUUUGAGCGAUACCGAGCCGGUGUUUGAUGCCAAAGGCAUCGAAAUAGUCAGGCGCGAUGGGAUUCCAGCGCUGCAAAAAAUCCAGGAGACCUGUCUCAAAAAGCUAUUCGCAACUCAGGAUCUCUCCGAUAUCAAGGCGUACCUUUACCGUCAAUGGCAAAGACUGUUACUUGGCAAAGUAUCCAUUCAAGAUUUCACCUUUGCCAAGGAGGUCAAACUAGGAAGUUACAGCGAGAAAGGUCCACCACCACCAGGUGCUUUGAUUGCAGCCCGGAAGAUGGCGAUAGACCCGCGAAGUGAACCCGCCUAUGCGGAGCGUGUACCCUAUGUUAUUGUCAAAGGGGCACCCCAAUCUAGGCUAAGAGAUCGAGCUGUUUCGCCGGAAUUACUUUUACAGAACCGUCUUUUAGCGCUUGAUGCGGAGUAUUACAUCAACCGAGUCUUCAUUCCAUCUCUUUCUCGCAUAUUUAAUCUCAUCGGAGUGGAUGUAGCGGCAUGGUAUCAAUCGAUGCCCAGAAUGAUCCGCGUAACAAAAUCGAGUGGAUUAUUCGAACCUGAUAGAGUGAACGUCACUGCCAAGAUUUCAGAUAAGCCAUCAGCGGAGCCUGUCAAUAUACAGCAUGCAGAUUUGGCACAACAAUUAACCAAAGCAAACAAACUUUUGGUCGAUGAGCAUUUCCAUAGUGACAGGUGCUUGAACUGUGAGAAGGAGGGGCAGAAGGGGAUUCUGUGUGAAAGUUGCUCUAGUAAUCCAACCGGAGUGGCAUGCUCACUUUUGACCAAAGCAAGAUCUAUCGAAAAAAAGAGAGCGCAGGUCGAAGUGAUUUGUAGGAGGUGCUCGUCUAUUUCGACAAUGGAAGCCAAAAUUGACUGCGAUUCAUUGGAUUGUUCGAUUCUAUAUGAGCGUGUCAAAACCAAUUGGAUGAUUGAAGACAGUGUCAAGUUGAUCAGCGCCGUCGAUCAAAUCGAAAAGGGAAAAAACUUGAGUCAAAUGACAUCGCUGGAGUGGUAG